AUGGCUGGCCGGCGCACGCAUGCACUCGGCGCCGUUGUCUUCGGGCUGGGGUUCGUCGUGGCUGCACUGGUGGCCCUCAGCUCUGGCAGCGCUUUCGUUGGAUCUCCGGUGCAGCUGAGAGCGAGACAGGGCGCGGUCCCCCUGCGGGCGGAGGGUGAGAAGUCCGUCGCGCUCGUGAAGGUCACCGAGGAGAAUGCCAUCACCACGGCCAGCCUCCUGGGCGGCACCGUCGGCCUGCUUACGGGAGGCGUCUGGAUCGGGGCGGCCCUCUUCGCGGUGUCGUCCUAUUUGUCCAGGCAGGAGGAUUCCGAUGUGUCCAAAGCCCUGAAGGGCGUGUCCUCCACCGCCCUCGAGGCGCUCAACUUCGGCGCCUACCUGAAUGACAAGUAUGCGGUCACGAGCACGGUCAGUGAUUCCUUUGCGAGCGCCCUGGAGUCGAACCCUGAGACGAAGAAGACGAUCGACGAUGCUUGGAGCGGCGUCAAGGAUGCCUACACGUCAGUCGACCAAGACGUCGGCAUCAAGGACACCCUGGGCACCAUCCUGGCCUCUGGCAGCGAGCUCGCGUCUCAGGCCGUCGACAAGGCCGUGGAGCUGAACAAUAAGUACAAGUUCGUGGACCAGAUCGGGGAGAAGAUCUCGGAGGUAAUCGAGAAGUCAAAAUCGUCGAAGGAGGUCUGA